GAGUACACGAAUGCCUCAAGGCUUCAAGCUGCUGCCAGAAAGACAUAUUUUUUUGAUUGGUAAGAACUGCCAGAUGACGCUUCAUGAAAUAUAAAUGCAAGAAAGCCUCCGAGAGAGCUCAAUAAAAGCCUUCCACCCGUCAUUCUAGGAGGAUAACAGCAAGAUACUGUUAACAAGUGCAGGAAAUGGCUUUCGGAGUUUCAAUAUCAGUCUAUAUCUUAUUCAAUGCUGUGACAGCAUUGACUGAAGAGGCAGCCAGGACUGUAACACCCCCAAUCACAACCCAGCAAAGUGACUGGACCAUUAACAAAACAGAAGCUGGCUACACAGAAGGACCCAUAGCGUUGAGGGUCUCACAUCCUUGCCUGGAAGACCACCAUAGUUACUGCAUCAAUGGUGUUUGUGCAUUCCACGAUGAGCUGGAGAAAGCCAUCUGCAGGUGUUUUGCUGGUUAUACUGGAGAAAGGUGUGAGCACUUGACCUUAACUUCAUAUGCUGUGGAUCCUUAUGAAAAAUACAUUGCAAUUGGGAUUGGCGUUGGAUUAUUAUUAAGUGGUUUUCUUGUUAUUUUUUACUGCUACAUAAAAAAGAGUACGUGGGCCUCUCACCGCCGUGGCCUCUCCCAUCGCGGAGCAACAGGCUCCGGACGCGCAGGCUCAGCGGCCAUGGCCCACGGGCCCAGCCGCUCCGCGGCAUGUGGGAUCCUCCCGGACCGGGGCACGAACCCGCGUCCCCUGCAUCGGCAGGCGGACCCCCAACCACUGCGCCACCAGGGAAGCCCGACAUAUGUGUCUAAAACUGAAAUCACCUUACAAUGUCUGUUCCGGAGGAAGACCACUAUGAGGCCUUUGUAAGAAAUUUUCAUGAGUCAUUGGUGAAAAUCAGUGGGCCCAAAACUGAAAUUUUCAAGUGAAACAACAAAACUUCCUAAGCUGACUAGAAAGUUGGGAUCACGAUGAAACAAGAGAAUAAAUUUCAACAUUGGUCCUUUGGCUUUGCCAUUUUUAAAGUGCCACGGGAGCCAAGGGAACAAGGUACAGUGACAGAGGUCAAGUUCACAGUCCUACUCUGGGUUUGUUGCUGUUGUGUGAUUAUUGUUCUCACUGCAGAGAGACUGAGUUUUGUGCUUCUGACUACGUCAGAUGUGAAAUUUCAUGGGAAUAAUUAUCAACCUUGCAGCCAGCCAAAGCAAUGCCAAGCUUGGAUCCUUCACUAUGCUUGCUACCAGGAUUCUGGACCACUGCUCUACGGACCAAAUCCCAAACAUGAUGCUUUCAUGGUGUCUAAAAGAAUGCGAUGUCAGCUAUUCAGAUGACAUUCGUAUUAUGGCACCUCCAGUGAACCAAACUUAUGAUUAAAGUCUAAGCUACAGAAAAGAAACGGAAUGUCCAAGGCAAACAUAAUGAUACCCAACUUGUGACAACACUGUGAAAUAUGGAAUAAGCUAAAGAGUUUCUGAUGACUGAAAGCUACCUGGAUAUUGAGCCCUGAGGAGGCAAAAAGGUUUUGUUUCUGCAUGGAUUAUAAAAUUUUGUGUUGGACUCACUGGUCCCCGAAUGCUUAUGUUCAUCACUUUCUCCUAUUGUUAGUGGAAUUACCUGGCGAUUAUCUAUUUGGACUGAAAUUCUAAAAUUCUACUAACAAAUAAAAUUCUACAAUUGGCUCUGAAAUAGAAACUGAAGAACUUGACAUAAGAAUUUUUCACCAGCCAACAGCGGGUGGACAUUUUCUUUACCAUUUCUGGGUACCGGAGAGAAGAUUUGCACAGAGGGAGAGAAAACGGAAUAUUGGUAGAAAUAACAAUUUGAGAAUUAGGGUCCUUCCUCUCUAAUCAUAUUUCUUCCACCUAAUUCGAAUAGUCUUGUUCAGGUCCCUUAAUUUCUUUGGGCUUUGAUCAGUUUGUACAAUGUCCUUCUAACUCUAAAAUUUGAUUGUGACAGAAGAGAGAAUAUUUUCCACCUCUCAACUCCAUCUCUGUCCCUGAUCUCACCUCUCACCCCACUGGAUAUCA